AUGGCGGACAACGACAUUCAGCAAGCCGAGUUGGAGGAAGUAAUUGGGACUACGGAACCAGAAGGACAGAACGAGGAACUCGCUAUGAACGCGGAAGUUGGAAAAGAUUCAACCGAGCCGACGGCGUUGAACGAGGGAGAAGGACAAGAAUUCGGUGUUGAAGCGAGCAAAGCGGAAGAGGCGGGAGCGAGUAAGACCAAGGAGGGAACAGAGGCCGCAACUGGGGAGAAGAGAGAGCGUGAGGAGUUGAACGAAGAAUCGCAAGACUUGCAGGGCGGGGAUAAGGAAGGGGAAAAGAAAGACGAACAAGAAGUGGCUGAGAAAGACACAGGCAAAAAGGCCAAGAAACCACGACUUUCGGGGGACGAGGCGGCAGAGGGGGAAGGAGGGCCCUCAACUGAGAAGAAAACUAAGGGCAGACAGAGGAAGACGAGUACCAAGGCCAAGGCCGCGGAACCCAAGAAGCGUGCUGGACGUCCGAAAAAGUCUGCCGCCGUUGUUGAAGAAGGCCCGGCGGCCAGUGCGGAAGGUGAACCCCAGGAACACCAACAGGAGACAAAUGUCGCAAGCGAAGAUGUGCCUGCAGGACACACUCGUUCAAGAUCUUGACCGUGUUCAUAAAAAAUUGCAGAGAGUCACGCCAAAAGUUGUAGAAUUAAUGUCGCUUGACCUGCGAAUGAAAUGAAGGGGUCACAGCGAGUAUAAGUAGUGUGCAUAGAAAAGAUCGACAAAGAGUUUCCGGUAGAUACAAGAGGGUCCAUGGCUUCCGUAUAAUACAGUCGGUCUAGAG